AGCAUCUAUAGCUUUUUUCCCCCCUGAAUAUCACUGCUCCUGUCGCCACAAAAGGGGGAAAAACUGUUUCUUUUUCUCUCCCUCGUUAACUUGGUGUGGAGUUCGUCUAGACUGACCCAAGUGAGCCUGCCAAUGUUUAUUUGGUAGUAAAAAUCUUAUCUUUUUUGGUGGAUAGAAAGGCAUUCUCUGUUUUUUUUUUAUUAUUUCAGGAGAGCUAAUCGAUUGAUUUGGUUUUAUCCAAGCCAGCUAGAGCUAGCCACCAUAAUAUUUCGCAACAAAUCGCUGUUUGCUGGAUACAAAGAUUACCCCUUUCCUCCAUAUCCAUCUAAGCUACCUAUCUCUAAUGAUUGUUUGACUACAAAAUUUUACUGUUGGAGUAGGACUAGUCUCAAUACCGUACUGAGAUCUGGUAAAAAGGAUCGGAGGACACUAGAAAACCAGAGGCAGCACCCUCCUGUGGAACGGGCCAACACGUUUUUACAUAUUAUAUUUUCCAAAUCUAGCUAGUGACUGAAUUGAAGCCAACGAUCCACUGCAGAAAGGGCCAUGAACUGAUAAAAUAGUUUGUGCUCUCUUCUGUAGUGCUUACCUGAAUUCAAUAGCUGAGAGAUGAAGAACCAAAGAAAAUUAUAAUCCUCUUUUGAUUUUUUCCCCACUGCAUUACAUCAUGCAAACUGACCGUAGAUAAGCAAGUCUUAAUCUAUGGUGAAAUCUGAAAUAAGAGGAGCCAAACUACAUUGUAGGACGCUUUCAGUUUAAAUACAUGACAUAAAUCUGAGAUGGUACUGGUACCAUGGGUGUAUGAACAGUGUUUGACUCCACCUGUUUAUCGGCUGCAACCUGCAAGUAUGAGCAAGUGUGUAACUGAGUUAGCACCACAAAUAUGAGUUAAAGAACAUUGGUAACUCAGAAAAACUUUAGAUUUGUUCUGUUGCUCCUCCUAUUCUCUGUAUCUCCUCUGCCUGUAGUAUAUCUUCUUUGAAAGAAUAAACAUAUAUGGAAUUGUUCAUGUCUUCAGUCUAUCAUAUUUCAUAAGCUUUUUCUCUUCUGUUCUAUGUAUGUACAAGGUCCUGAAAUCAAUUGAGAGGUCUCAAGUUAUAACAUAACAUGUACCAUAUAUGUUAAGGUAAAAAAACAUGUAUUUAGGAGAGUGAGCCAUUGUCUACCUUUGAUUAGUUCCUUGUUUGCUUCAAAUAAGCACAUCCUCACUAAUGCAAAGGGUAUGUUCCAACUUUCAACAGUUGGAUCACCGCACCUCAAGUUUGACACGGUAGCCCAAUCACAUGAAAAAACUUCCUAAUUUCUAAUUCGGUUCUAUGUCUGACAAUGCACUGUUGAAAAUUGCCAAGAAUGAAAGAGAACCAAAGUUUUUUUUUUUAAGAUCCGGUUGAGGCUUUGCAUUAAUAAGGGGGAGUUUACAGAGUUUGGAACCUUACAUGCGCGAGGUACGCGAACCAGCUCAGCAGACUGCUGCGUGAGUUUUGAACAAACUAGGAACUAAAUACUCACCACAUUAUUUGCAAUCAUUAAGGAGCUAAGACACUUCACUCCUGCCAACCACAAGAAUCCCAGCAGCCACUGCUCUGAUUGACCUGCGUUCAUCUCUGAAAACGACUGUGUUUAUAUGCUUCCAGAUUUGCCAUAGAGUUAGGAUGGCGAGAGAGUGUGCAUGUUUUCUUCCAUUUUGGGUUAGCACUAGAAACCACUCUUUGACGUCACUGUGUUCAGUCCAUCCUGGUAGAUUGAGAUUUCGGCAGCCACUCCACUGCGCUACAAUCUUCUAUAUGGCUCGUGUGAAGGGGCAUUAGAUGAAUAGAUGACAGGAGGUUUCCAGGUUUCUUUCACUGAGGGUGCAAAAAUAAUUGUUUCUCCAUCCAUGCAGCUGUAGCCUGGCUGUGGUCCAAAGCCUAUUCUGGAGAAGAAGCCACAUGAAAAACUUGCAAUGCGGCGGCACCCAGGCCUUCCAGAUGAGCAUAGGAAAAUUGGAUACAAUCUGUCCAGCGAAUUGGAUGUUAUAUGCAGAGCUGGCAGAAUACUCCCUGGAGCUUUGGAGUGUCCAAACUAUCUGAUCGUCUUGGUCGGUGUCAGGGUUUAGUUGUAAGGACUGAAUACCCUGCCAGACUGAAAAAAUCCCUAAGUAGAUGCGCAUUCAGAUGACCCCUCCACCUCUACAUAAACUUCUAUUUCUCACUUAAUUGAAAGGCAGAGCUCUUGCCAUUGCGUUCAAAAAAUAGAUCAGCAUUCAGAUUGUGUGCCAUGUCGCUGAUCCAUUUCUCAUGAAGCAGCGCCUCCCUGACAGUCCUGUUCUUCCUCCUACUGUGUCGACACAAGAGCGGGUAUAGAGAUGAAGGGGCCUGUUCGUUCAUCCAGCUGGAGAACCAGAAGGAGGCCCUUUUUCCACUAUGGGCGAUCACGCUUGUGGCGGCUGCAAAUAGUUUUUGUCUGUGUUGUGCACCGGCAGCACCAUACCCACCCAUGGGCGUCAGAGUUUUACCAGCACAACCACAGCCAGUGCAUUCGAAGGGCUCUGCUGAAUCUCUCAAGAUCCAGAAUUCCGAGGACCCCAAACUCCAUCGGUCUGGUUACCAAGGGCCAUCCUACCUUGCACUUGCCUCCUGAGAUCUCACUGUCUCCUGCCCAAAGGACAUGCUGUCAGAUUUUGUCGAGGUUUUUCAGCAGCUGCUUUGGCACUUUGAGGGAGGUUAGCAAAGAGACAGGAAGCACACCCAAAACUGAGCGUACCAACUCUCUUCUUCCUGCAUGGUUUAAGAGCCGACCUUGCCAGCCUGCCCUUUGCCUGUUCCCACAUGCUUUGUACAUGCGAAAUUUUAAGGGGAACUGCUCCGGUGCUCCCUCUUCUAAAAAGUGGUACGUAUCUCAAAGCAGAUAAAUAAAGAGAUUAAUUAUUUUCUAUUUGAUUUGUUGCAUGGAUCACAGUUGGGCUUAGCCAGUCCAGCCCGUCAGCCUGCUCCGUUAAUUCGUCAUAGACAACAUUGCGAGCAGCAGCAACUGCCGGAUGCACUCUACUCCUCUCCAAAUCCUGUCGUGCUACGCCAAGGAGCUUCAGCGGUGGUGCCAUCGCUGUUGCGAGCCAUCAGACAUGCUGCACCUGUCAAGCAUGAGCCGCGGCGGGCCAUCGCUGAAGACGAUGCCGGCGAGUUUGGUAGCACAAAAUAGCGUUGCAGCUGAAAUUCGCGGAGGAAGAGGCGAAGAGCAUUACUAGCCUCGUCAAUAAGACCACCGUUGCCACGUUGGACUUGGGGCCGGGUUGGACAGGCUAAGCCCAAACCGUAACAUAGGCAACAAAUCAAAUAGAAAUAACUAAUUUCUUUAAUUAACUGCUUUAAGAUUCGUGCCAUUUUAAAAAAAAAAGGAGUACCGGAGCAGUUCUCAAUUUUAAGCUGCCCAAGAGUGAGAGGGAGGCCAAGGUAUGUUAUUGGGAAGCAGACCCUCUGGCCAUUGAAACCAUCAAGAAUAUGGUCCAGGUUGAGUCCGGAGCACCUUAUGGGAGCCACCGAGCACUGGCCAUGUUUAGCCUCAGUCCUGUGGCCUCACCAAAGUUUGUACCACUGAGAAGUGCCCUUACUUCAUUCCUUUCGGAGUUUAGGAAGAUGAUAGCAUCAUAACCAUAUAGAGAAAAGCUUAGCUUGGCCAGUCUUCCGCGCCGUGAUGAAAGGAUUCCUUCCUGAGCUGCAAUCUCCAAUACCCUCUGUAGCCUAUUUAUGGCAAGGAUAAAGAGAACCGAAGCUAAUAAAGAAACUGAGCAGUAAACUUCAGAACAAUGAAAGAACUGUAUAUUAGAUGAAAAUGCCUACCAGCCUAGUGUUCAUAUUUCAUCAGUUUUUUAAAUAGGAUCGUCGCAGGGACACUUAUGAACAAAUAUCUAGUUUUUUUUGUGCAUAAUGAACAAAUAUCUAGUUGGUAUAUGUUUAAACUUACUUUCUAGAUUUCAGAUAAAGAUUUACUGCAGAUAAUAUAUACAGCAAAAACCACUUUUUUAUUCUGAUAUUCUUGCACACACAUUGCGGCGAGGCUGAUACUGUAAGUAGCAAAGAUUUAUUGAGUAUGGAUUGUGUACUCUCAUAUUACUGAGACAUCAGAAGUUAUAUAAAAUCAGUUUCACUUUACCUAUAAUUCUGUAACACUAUUCAAUAGCAUGGUAGUAAUCCUCCACCACAAGCUGCAGCCAUUGCAGUUGCAGACUCACACAAAACAAAUCACAGUACCCAAUGUAUGAUGACUGUCUGUAAAUUGUAAGUCCUGAUCUCAUGCCAUCCUAUCCUAAGCUUGACCUCUGCUUCCAUUUGCCGUGUGGCAGAAAAAGGUGCUAACAAAGUAACGAGACAUGCAUAUCAUCUGAUCGAAAGCUACCCCAAUGUGGAAUCAAUUUCUCAGUAUUCAUUUAUAUAUCUCACAGUCAUAUCAUCUAAUAUGUUAUGUGUGGCGUUUUGAGGUCAACCGUGCCAUCAGAAGUGAUCGUGGGCAUGGGCGUGGUGUUGAUAGGCAGUGUGGGUGGUUGGGAAUUGGAAUGCAGGCAUACCUGUCCCGUUCGGCUUGGGGACGGCAGGUGGCUUUGGGCCUGUCUGCUGCCCAUUCUGUGCAAUCGUAGCUGGAGUGCACACCAGGCCAUGGCUGGUGGCUGGUGCUAUGCGCGCAGCCUCCAGUGGUAGGCAUAGGCGUGUAGCUACCUGCUAUGAGAGCAAACAGGUGGGUAGAGGUACCUCCAUGUGGAGGUGUGGUCUGUGCAUGGCCAACAUCGGGAGUGGUGACUUGCUCUAUGGCAGGGGGGAGCGUGGUUCGGCUCGGGAUGGUCCAUCUCUCCGACGAUGAUGGGUAGGGGUGACUGAGGUCAAGGACAGGGCCUCUCUACCACACUGAUGGGGUCAGCCUGUGUUAAGCAUAUAGCUAGCGAUCCUUCUGAGCCAGGAUGAUGGCGUGGGAGGGUCUAGGCUCACGGUGGGCAUCGGUCUGGGUGCUGGAGCUGAUCUCUUCAGUGGCCAGCGGCCGACACUCAGCAUGGCAUCACACAACGUCAGAGGCUGCAGCAUGCCAUGCCCAAGUGCUGCUGCCAGGCACCAGUCACCUGUGGUUGUGGCAUCUUGCCUGCACGCCAGAAGUGAUGAGUUGGCUUGAUCCUAUGGCUUGUGGGUUAAUGGGCGAUGUGGAUAACGUGCCUGCCUGCAGUUCGCCCUCCAGAUUCGUGUUACAGAAAUUCCAAGAUGCGAAAAUUGCUUUGCUAGCUAAUGGAAAGGAUUUCAGCUGCCAACAAGAUGGUAGUCCUCAAGGUCGUAAAAGAAGGACAUAUUCUGGGCCAGACCUACCAGAGGACAUAUGGCGUCAUAUACAUUUCAUGAUGCCACUUCAAGAUGCUGCCCGUGCUGCCUGUGUGUCCCAUGCCUUUCUAGGUUCGUGGAGGUGUCGCCCUGACAUUACCAUCAGCAGGGAAACACUAGGCUUGAAUAAGAAUUUACAUGGAAAGGAUGAAAUUGCAAGGGAUUUCAACAGCAAAGUUGACCAGAUUCUGAAAAAACGUUCAGGCAUUGGCUUGAAGGCUCUCAAGAUAGAUUUCUGUGGUUAUAAUGCUGACACCUAUUCUUAUCUCAAUAAUUGGCUUGAGAUUGCUAUUACACCGGAGCUUGAAGAACUCACCCUACAUCUGUUACCAAAUAAGGCAAAGUACAGUUUCCCGUGCUCCCUUUUAUCUAAUGGGAGAGGAAACUCGAUUCAGCAUCUAAAGCUUGCUUGGGGCACCUUCAGGAACACAGUUGGGCUAGAUUGCUUGAAACACCUGACUAGUCUGUAUCUGAGUAACGUGAGUAUUACAGGGAAUGAGUUAGGGUGCCUCCUCUCUAAUUCAAUCGCUUUGGAGCUAUUGGAUUUAUCAGAAUGCUAUAAGAUAGUUCACCUGAAGAUACCUUGCCUCCUACAGCGUCUCAGCUGUCUCAGGGUAUCUACAUGUGGGAGGCUGAAAAUGAUAGAGAACAAAGCUCCAAAUAUAUCCAGUUUUCACUUUUCAGGACUCGACGGAGAAUUCUCACUUGGAGAAUCAUCAUUGCAACUGAAGGACAUGAUGCUGAACAAGUGCUGCACCAUCUCCUUUGCUCUUGCCAAGCUUCCAUUCAUCGUGCCAAAUCUUGAAGCUCUUUCCUUAUAUUCAUACUAUGAGGUGCCUAAUCCGCCAAUGGUGUCAAAAACAUUCCUCCACCUCAAGCAUUUGAGUAUCAAACUUUGUGAAGGGGCAUUUUUCCCAGAUAUUGAUUGUUUCUAUGCGGUUUCUUUUCUUGAUGCUGCUCCUUCCUUGGAGACUCUCCUAUUGGGUGUAACUGUACUACGGAUGAAGCAUGAGCCGUUUGUUGGUGAGCAUUCACCUCGGAGGCAGAUCAUGGGAACCCACCACAGCAACCUUAAGAGUGUGAAGAUUAUUGGUUUCUGCUCUGCAAAGAGCUUGGUUGAGCUAACAUGCUAUAUUCUUGAAAAUGCUACAUCACUUGAUUGCCUUACGUUGGACACCACUUGGGGUUGUUUCCCUAGGUGCUCUGAUCACGAAAUUAGUAAAUGUCAUCCAUUGACCAAGAAUAUUAUCAGGGACUCCCAGAAUGCUCUCUUGGUUAUCAGAGCAUGGAUUGAGGGGAAAGUUCCCCCCUCGGUGAAAUUUAAUGUUCUAGGGCUUUGCAGCAAGUGCCAUAAUACCUGAUGAACACUGCAAGGUACUAGCUGUCAUAGUUAUGAAAUGUAUAAUUUUAGACGCGGUGUGCUUUGGGUGUGAAGUCAUUUUGUUUUGCUUGGGUACAUUAUUGUAAUUGUUGCUUGGUUAAAUUGUUGCAAUUGUACUAUGUAUUAAUCAAUCACGCUGUCUGGUACUUGAAUAUUUAGUAUAUUGCAUGAUGUGUUA